UACGGUUCGAGCGUACAGUGGCUUCAGGAAGCAAGUCGUAUACGUGUCUCUGCCGAGAAACCUCUUUUCAGAAACAAAAAAGUCACUUCUACGAUGGCUUCGAAGACCGCGUUUCAGCCGGUACCCACGACCGUACCAGGACCGCAAGACAGUUGCGACAACUCCGACUUUUUGUGCGGCAUCAAGAGCUACAGACCACGCUGGCUGCAGCGCUUCGCGAAGCCCUACUAUUUUCUUCUGUUCUACGUGCUCUUCGGCAUCUUUCAAGGGGCACUGAAGGCGUACCUGAACGGAUGUCUCACAACCAUAGAGAAAAAGUUUGCCCUGUCCGGUAAAAUGCUGGGGAUCAUCCUUAUAGCAGACAACGUGAGUUCGCUCUUUGCUACGCUACUCAUCGGUUAUUACGCCACGAAGGUUAGCAGGCCCAAGAUAAUAGUGUUCGGUGUCUGGACGACUGUGGCGGGCUGUUUUCUGAGCGUCCUGCCGUACAUCAUCUAUGGCCCUGGAACUAGUAGCCACAUUGGUGGACAACAAGGGGAGAACCAAGGCGGUGUUACGCCGCGUAUCCAGAAGGAAUAUUGUCUGUCCGAAAACGACAAAGUGGAAUUGAAGGACGAGUUUUCGACGACGCCGGUUGCGGUGGUGGCGGUCAGCAUUCUGUUUAUCGCAAACAUGCUGAACGGGCUUGGCGGUUCAGCGUUCUAUAUCGCUGGUACAACGUACACGGAUGAUAACGUGAAGAAGAAGGAUUCCCCAGUGUACUUCAGUCUCAUACUGUCAUUACGACUGAUUGGUCCCAUGCUCGGAUAUAUAACGGCCUCGGUAUGCCUCAGUAUAUAUGAAUCGCCCUUUGAAAAUCCCGGCAUCACGAACAAGCACCCUAGCUGGAUCGGCGCCUGGUGGCUCGGUUUCGUCAUCUGGGGCAGCGCCAUGACUCUGCUGUCAGUGCCCAUGGCACUCUUCCCGAAGCACAUCCGAAGGCCUUCCGUAUGCCACGAAAAAGCUCCCGACGGACACCAAGCACCAAAUCGGAAAGUGCACAAGAGUCUAAAAGAAAAAAUUGCACGCGACAUGAAAGACUUCAGCCGGGCAGUGAAACGGUUGGCCGUCAAUCCGGUGUUGAUGUGGAAACUAGCUGCCUUGAUCUUCAUCUUUAAUGGCCUCGGCGGGUACAUCAGCAUGUUUCCAAAGUACGUCGAGAAUCAAUACCGGGUGACAGCGUCCAAAGCAAGUCUAUUCACAGGUCCGACCAAAGUGCUGGCAAUGAUGGUAGGACUGUUCUUCGGUGGAAUUAUUGUACGUUUCUGGAAGCCUCGGGCACCGACAAUAGGCCUCAUAGGUGCCGCUAGUGAACUCAUCAACAUUGUGUUCCUCUUCACUGCGAUGAACAUGGGAUGCUCCAACUGGCAACUCGCAGGGACCCAGAUGAAUCCAGAUGGAAGUUUGUCCAUCAGGAACUCCUGCAACUCUGAGUGCGGCUGCACAACGCGUGCGUUUCAGCCCAUUUGCAAUGUCCAAGAGCAAGCGACGUAUUUCUCCCCCUGUUUCGCCGGCUGCUUCAGUCGCGGAAAUGAUUCGAUGGUAUGCACGUGUGUAUAUGGCAACGAGAGUUCGACCGCGGGAGCCCAAGUGGACCCGACGGACAUUGAGGACGGCUACUGCGAAUUCCCUUGUGACAAACUCUUCGUCGUCGUCCUCGUCAUGAGCAUUGGGAUGUUGCUGGGGCAACUGUCGCGGGUCGGAUCUACACUCGUCAGUCUUAGGUGCGUGGACCCUGCUGAUAAAGGAAUGGCCAUGGGCAUGAUGGGAUUUUGCAUCAACUUCCUCGCUGCAAUCCCGUACCCUUUGGUCUACUCGGCCAUCUUCGACUCCAGCUGCAUCAUCUGGGAAGAACGCAAUGGCCAGAAGGGCAACUGCUGGUUUUAUGACCUGGAUAAGCUACGGCUGGCGUACCACAGCGUCACCAUCACGUUUCUGGCUUGUGGAAUGCUCUGCACGUUGCUUAUGUCCUACUACUCCAGACGUGUCACUGAUAUGUACGGCGAUGACCCCGUAGCCCCAGAGUCUAAAGAGACAGCGGAGAUGCAGCAGCUGAACAGCGAUGGCUGCCGGACGUGACUCGGGUUUAUGGGAUGCGAGAGAUGAAUGUACGCUUCCGUUCCGCGCCGGUUGGAAGCUGUGCAGGUGAAAGUUGCAGAGAACAUAAGUGGGAACUUGAGUACGGAUGAGUUCUGGGAUGAUCCCAAUGGUCCUAGACAUGCGACGUACGUCGGUGCCGACGAACCGUGUGUCCCCAUUAUUAAUCAGCCUUACCAUUCAUGGACUCAACAAUGCAAGGCUGGAAUUCGCCAACCGUGUUUGAGCACGAUCCCUACAGAGUGUUUGAAGCCCUCUUUCAAAGUUGAUGCCUUACAUAGUCUUACCAAUUGAUAUUUAUCGAAAUAAAAUAAAAUGCAAUAAAAUAUUAACCAAAUUACAAUGA